AUGUUUACAUCAGAGUAUGAGACAUCUUCUUCCUUUCUAAGUUUACGUCAAAGUUCCUUAGCUUCUGCCCUGAACAGCUCGUUAUCUACAUUAUCUAAUCCAAAUGCAGAUGAGUUGGCGCUUCAGGAAUGGAACUGUAAUCAUAAUCGAAUUGCCAAUCGUGAUCAUGAGACAACACAUAAUGAAUUCGCUAGACAAUUUUUUGCUUUUUCCAAUUUUCCACCUCAAGAUCAAGUUAACUAUGGAUCCACAACUUGUUAUGCUACUCCAGAUCUUGGAGGCAGAGGAUCUCAUAAACAGUCGGAUGCUUCAUUUGUACCAAACCUUCUCCCUAUUCCAGCUCAAAAUCCAUGUGAAACUGAGUAUUAUCCAAAAGACCACACCACUCAAUUUUGGUUAUCUCCAAAUCGUGUUGAAGAUGUAAUUGUAUUAAAAUUAUGGAAAUGGAAUAGAACAUAUAAUAAUCGAAUCCCUAGCCGCCGUUUAACAAAUCGAACUAUCCCUCAAGAUUCAGAUGGGAAUUACCAACCAGUUCAAAUAAUUGAAUUCGGAACUAUUGAUGCAAAAAAUCGACUAUAUAAUGGAUGCUCUGCUCCAGGAAUGCGUACUUUGAGUAUAUCACCACAUUGUAUUUACAGAGGCUGUCCUCGUCAAGAUCCACCGCGUCCACCAUAUCCAAUCUCGAAUGAUGUUAUUAUCGAUUUAUUCCAUAUACAGCAGCAAGUAUUUCGUGUUAUUCGGAGAUUUAUUAAUUAG